AUGUCCCAAAAGAACUCAACUGCAAUCCACAUCGAUUCCCCCCUUCUUCCAACAUCUUCCUCAACCCUCCCCCCAAAAUCCUCUUGCAUCGCCGAAACCACUCCAUUACAACCACGCUUCCCCACCUUCCUAGACAGCCCAUCACCACCCCCAUCCCCAGAAACUCCCUCCCAGACAUAUCCCCCAACAUUCCUCCUCAGCCCCUCCCUCCUCUCCGAAUCAAGCGACUCACCACUCCUCUCUAAACACACUAGCAGCACACCCACCACACCCUCAGACUUCGGCGGCGCAUACCCCACCCCACGCACCAAUCUUCUUUCCCUAUACAGCCCCAGCACAGCGCUUCCUCGACUGUCAUGGUACUCGAGCUUUUCCACUGCUUCGACGUGUAUCGAGACGAACGCAGCGUACACAACGCAGCAGCUCAACGAGAUUCUGCCCGAUGAUAUGGAUUUUUAUUCUGAAGAUAUCGAAGGCUAUGGUUUGGGUUAUGAACCUAAUGCUAUGAGUGAUGCGGCAUGGAUGGAGCCGAGGGGGCUGGGGUUGGAGUUGCCAUUUAUUGCUGAGCGGGAUUUUGCUUACUAUCCGAAUCUGAGAGCGCGGAGUACGGAGAUGGCGGUACAGGCGGAGGUCUUUGGGGAUGUGGAGGACAAUGAUGUGCCAGUGAAGGAGAAGAAGGGUGGGGUUAGGGGUGUGGUGGGUAGGUUAGUGAGGAAAGGGCUUAGGAAAAUCAGGGUCACGCAAGAUGUACGGGAGAUUGAAUGGCAGUCCUAUGUAUCUGCAUUAUCUCGGGACGCUCUCAACAUACUCGUACUCGUCUUCGGAAUCUUCGCCUUCCAAGUGCUCAUAUCCUGA